CAAUGGAGAGAUCGUACUCACUGCUGCUGACCCCUAAUGGACUAAACAGGAAUCGCCGAAAAGCUUGGAACGCACACAGCUAAGAGGGUGUAGCUCGGGAAACAGCUGCUGGCCGCUAGAGAAAUACAUUAACCACAAUCCACCGGGACGAGCGAGCGCGACACAAACACAGGAACCAUGAACUACGCUCGCUUUCUAACAGCAGUCAGUGGAGCCAGAAAGCCUUCCCCCAUCAGACUGCUGACUGAGCUGCAGCAGCGGUCCCCUCCAUCCCUCAUCUCAUUGGCUGGUGGAGCUCCCAACCCAAACACCUUCCCCUUUCAGUCGGCCUCCAUCCAGGUGAAAAACGGUCAGACGAUCACAUUUGAUGAGACCUCAAUGAAGAGGGCCCUACAGUACUCUGCCUCCAACGGAAUCCCUGAGCUGCUGACGUGGAUGAAGAAGCUGCAGAAGGACCUACACAACCCGCCAACCUGCAGCUACAGCUAUGAGAGGGGACAGAUGGACAUGUGCGUGACGACCGGGAGCCAGGAAGGGCUCUGUAAGGUGUUUGAGAUGCUUGUAAACCACGGAGACAACGUCCUCCUGGAUGCCCCCACGUAUUCCGGCACCCUGGCAGCGCUCCAACCUCUUGGAUGUAACAUUAUAAACGUACCCAGCGAUCAACACGGCAUGAUCCCCGCUGCUCUGAAAGACGUCCUCUCUCGCUGGGACCCAUCAGAGGUGCACAAACCUGGCAGCACGGCUCCCAGGAUCCUCUACACCAUCCCAAAUGGGGGGAACCCCACCGGGGCCUCUAUGACUGCAGAGAGGAAGAGGGACGUGUAUGAGCUGGCACGUCUGUACGACAUGCUCAUCAUCGAGGAUGACCCCUACUACUUCCUGCAGUUUGAAAAGCCUUGGGCUCCCACUUUUCUCUCUAUGGAUGUAGACGGGCGGAUCAUCAGGACGGACUCCUUCUCUAAGAUCCUGUCAUCAGGCCUGAGGAUCGGUUUUGUCACGGGUCCCAAACCUCUGGUCGAUAGAAUCGUGCUGCACAUCCAGGCCUCCACCAUGCACACCAGCACCUUCACACAGCUCAUGGUGUCUCAGUUGCUGCACAGCUGGGGACAAGAGGGCUUCCUCACGCACAUAGACAGGGUGAUUGAUUUCUACAGGAAGCAGCGUGAUGCAAUGAUAAGCUCAGCUGACAGGUGGCUCAAAGAUGUGGCAGAGUGGCACGCCCCGUCAGCAGGCAUGUUCCUGUGGAUCAAACUGAAGGGCAUAGCUGAUACCCAGCAGCUCAUCAUGGAGAAAGCCUUGGAGAAGGAGGUGCUUCUGGUUCCCGGAGGUGUCUUUAUGAUCAACAGUGGCGACUCAUGUCCCUACGCCAGAGCGGCCUUUUCCCUCUCCACACCGGAGCAGAUCGACGAGGCUUUCAGAAGACUCUCUCUGCUCAUCAAAGAUGCUUUGUGACCAGAGCUUCCAUCCUCUUUCAGAUUUUUAUUUAUUAUAUGACACUAUUGUCAAGUUUACAUGUAAAGUGAUGAUACAUCACAUUGGAUUUAAACCAAAGUGGAAUGAAAUCAUUUUAUUCAUAUGUAAACCUCCUGUGUUAGAAGGGAAGGCAGGGCUUUAGCCUUAUUUUAAUGGUUUCUGCAGCUCAUCAGGGAUAUAAACAAAUGGAUUUAUGAGAGGGGAAAUAAUCUUUUCAUAGAAAUGGCUGAAAGACACAAACCUGGCCAAUUAUGUAUCUGGGUGUGAUAUGGAAGCCGGUAAAUGUAAACGACUUUUCCACCGGGGAGUCUGUAAACCCAAAGUAACCAACUACAAUAAAUGUUAAUGUAAAAAGCUUUGUGAAUAAAAAGUUCAAAUGAAGGCUUUACUUCUUA